CCAGCCCUCUCCGGGGACCCCUUUGUUUGCCGCGGGACGCCGACACCUCCACGUCCCCGGGGGCUUGACCGCCGCGCCCCGGCCCCCUGCCCGCACCCCUCCCGACCAUGUCGCGCUCCUUCUAUGUGGAUUCGCUCAUCAUUAAGGACUCCUCGCGGCCAGCGCCCGCGCUGCCCGAGCCGCACCCCGGGCCGGACUUCUUCAUCCCGCUGGGCGUGCCGUCCCCUUUGCUGAUGUCCGUGUCCGGGGCCCCCGGCUGCCCGUCCCGCAAGAGCGGCGCCUUCUGCGUGUGCCCUCUGUGCGUCACCUCGCACCUGCACGCCGCUCGGGCGCCCGCGGGCUCUGGCAGCGGAGCGGGUGCGGGCCCCGGGAGCGGGGGCCCCGCGGGGGGUGGGGCGCCGGGAGGAGCAGGGGCCUUGCCCCUACUCAAGGCUCCGUUCCCUUCGGGGCCCGGGGACGCGCCGCUCUGCGCGCGCGUGGGCCACGCGCACCAUCACCACCCCCCGCCGCCGCACCUCCAUCACCAUCACCACCACCACGCACCCCAGCAGCCCGGCUCGGCGGCAGCGGCGGCGGCGGCCCUGGGGCACCCGCAGCACCACGCACCUGUCUGCGCCGCCACCGCCUACAACGUGGCCGACCCGCGGAGAUUCCACUGCCUCUCCAUGGGGAACUCCGACGCCAGCCAGGUACCCAACGGCAAAAGGAUGAGGACGGCGUUCACCAGCACGCAGCUCCUGGAGCUGGAGCGAGAGUUCUCUUCUAACAUGUACCUGUCCCGGCUGCGGAGGAUCGAGAUCGCCACUUACCUGAACCUUUCGGAGAAGCAAGUGAAGAUCUGGUUUCAGAAUCGCCGGGUGAAACACAAGAAGGAAGGCAAAGGCGCGCAGAGGAGCGGUCACUCCGGCUGCAAGUGCGUCGGCAGCCAGGCGCACUACGCGCGCUCUGAGGAUGAGGACUCCUUGUCGCCGGCCUCGACCAACGACGACAAGGAGAUUUCCCCCUUAUGAAGGGAGGGCAGCCCCCCCCCCUAUCACCCGAGGCUCCCCGGGCCAGCGCAGCGGGCAGCCUGGAACCCGAACCCUCCUCUUUCCGUGUCCUCACUAGAAAAAUGUUGGAGGCCCAGCAUUCAUCAGCCAGGCCUGACGCUUUGAGUCUGAGCCUUAUUUGUAUAGGGCCCUACUCACAGUUUUAGAUUUUUUUUUCCCUUUUUGUUUUUGGUCUGCUCAGGGGUCACUUCUGGCGGAGCUCCUGGAAACCAUAGGGAAUUCUGGAGAUCGAACCUGGUCGGCCCAUGGGAGGCCAUCAAGGGCCUUACCUGCCCUGCCAGCUCUCCAGCCCUAGAUUUAAAAAAAAAAAUGUAAAUAAUCUAGAAUUCAA